AUGGAUGUUGAUGAUAUCUUGGCUGUGGAAGAUGAAGUAUAUCAGGCGAAUGAUGCAAAUGAUGUGCUUACCAUUAGUCUUGAUGAAAUAGAGUUGCUGAAUAGGAAGGACAUAGAUCUCGAAGAUAUUGCCGAUACAAUAAUAGAAAGCUCACAUGAAGUUGGUGAGGUUGUACGCCUAUAUGACAUCGAGAACGAAGAUGAGUUGGAUGACACUUUGGUUGACUAUUGUAGCAGUGAAGAAGAUUCUCAAAAGAACCACAAUUCUAAUAAUGGGAGUGACGACGAUGAUUGGGGCCUUGACAUUUGA